AUGGAACUACGGUGGCAGUUGAUCAAACCGAAACUCGACUCAAAAUGUCGAUCACAGCGGAGACUACAACGCGAACAUAAAUGGAAAAUGGAGAAACUAAUGACAGCGAAAGCAGAGGUCUCUCCUAGCACUCCCAAAUCAAAACGGUUAGUUAUAGGGGACCAGGAACGCGAAAUGUUACUCUAUGGAGUUACUAAAACAGUGGUCAAUGUCUAUGCUGAGAAUAACGCGGAUACAACACCCUUCCCUGACGCACAGGAAGGAUAUUUGCCUGUUAAUACCAACGAGUAA